UCAGGCCUCAACUCAUUAGGCCUUUGGUAUAAAAGAUUCUAAACGAUGAAAAAUCGUCAGUUCCAGUUCUUGGCUCGAAACUGACAAUGAACCCAAUCGUAUUCUUCUGCCUUUUCGGCGCUGCAGUAGCUGUGCAAUACAGCGGUGAUCACGUUGUGGAAGGAGUAGGAUCCGGCUUGGAAUACCCUGUCGCUGAUGUUCCAUUCGUUCGUGCUGGAGUCGUUCCAGAGACCUACAAGUCAGGAGACUUCGAUUACACAGCCUAUGAUCGCCCCUUUACCAAAAAGGCCUACCCCCAGUUUUUCUACCAACCGUACUACCAGGCUGGGUUCCGCAAGUCAUACCCGCAUGUCAACCCAUUUUAUCAAAACUUCGAAAGUUUCAAUUAUCCAGAAUACCAUGGUGUCCAACAAGGAUACAAAUACCCAUUUGAGUUCUACCAGACCGGCCGCCACUCCUAUCCCUACCCUACAGGCCACCAGUUCACCCCUUACCCUGCAGGCCAACACUACUACCCCUACCCUACCGGUCAACACUACUACCCCUACCCUGCCGGUCAGCAGUACUACCCCUACGCAGCAACCGUCUAAGUUUUGCAAGUUGUAAACAUCCACAUGGUUCAGUUCAUCAGAAAAUUCAAUAGGAAAUUUUGUAUUUUUCCGUCUGUCUAAAUUUGCUGGAAUAAAUGCCAUAAAACAUG